AUGGGAGAUCAGGACAGAGGAGAACCCUUUCUGGGGAUAGUGGCUGAUGGUGCCACAGACUACGAAGGAGCUCUGCCCUCAGACACAGUGUCGCUCAGCGAUUCUGAUUCCGAUGAUUUGGGGUUAACGGAUGAAGCAGAAGUUGAUACAAUAUCUCCUGAGGAGCCAACUGUAGAUGAUGGGGAUUACAGAUCAGGGGAGAGCCCCGACUCUUCACACAGCAGUCACAGAUCUCCUGUCCAGCCGUUCCAUCUGAGGGGCAUGAGUUCUACGUUCUCUCUCCGUAGCCAGAGCAUUUUUGAUUGCCUGGAAGAGGCGGCCAAGUCAUCUGUGCCCUCAAUGCCUGAAGAUAAUGUUGUUGAUGGGAGGUUUAAGCGUCCGUUGCCUCCAGCCACAGUUUCAAGUAACAUGGUUCCAGAGGGCCUGGGAAAGCAAGCCAAACCAGUGCAGGCUCCCAAAACCACUCCUGCAGUGCCCGACUAUGUGGCACACCCAGAGCGCUGGACCAAAUACAGCUUAGAUGGAGUUUCAGAGUCUACUGACAAGACUAACAGGGCAGUGGCCAUGGAAUUUCUAGAGGGUUUGAAGAAAAGAGGAGAGGAACAAAGUUCAGCUACCCAAGAUAGCUGCACCCCAUACUUCAACCAGGACCCUUCCAGCUGUGGAGCUGGAAGGAUUGUCUUCACCAAACCAAUAAAAAGGGGUGUUGAUGGACUGGAAAAGAAAACAUCAUCAGAGGAGGAUGACAGGAAGCACAUGAAAACAGAUCCCAAAGGAAAAUCUCUUAAGAAGACUGAUGACUGGAGGGAGGAGGAUAAGGUAGAGCUGGGGCACUUAGACAGUGGAAGUGGAAAGGCAACAGAGGAGGAGGAGUGCGUGAUGGCAGGGGACCUGAGUACAGAAGGUAAGCUUAGUGCAAGGUUUAGUGGCACAGGUGAAGAGCCAUUGGUGGAAACUGUUGGAUUCCAUUGCAGUAAGAAGAAAAAUAGGAAAAAUUUCCGACCUAAAGUAGACGAUGAAGGGGAGGAGGAAGAGUCCUGA